UCCGGAUAACGUUCGUUAAUCUGACAAACGAAAAGGCCGCACGCACAAUGAUGGCUCCAGUCGGCGUGAUUAACUCGCAAUGGCACGACGUGGAAGCGGUGCAGCGCCUGGUACUAAGCUUCCUCAGUCCAAUUGACCUUGUUCGCAUGUCAUCCUUAAACAAAUCCUUCCAUCGCUCUACCAUGCACUCGCAGAGUCUAAUCCUCACUGGCGACGACGAUGCUCGACUGGCGCGGUGUGGCUAUGGCCAAUUGGUCCCAUACUUUCACCACUCACGCACGCUCCGCGUCAGUCUAUCGUUCGCGCUGCCGAAUGAGCUGCUUCAUCUCACGAGAUUCCGCCAACUCGAGGACGUGUCGUUGGUGGACGUGGCCUCACUGGGCGACCGUCACCUGGCAUCGUUGACCACCCACGCAGAAAAGUUGAAACGGUUGCAUGUUGAUGGCUGCCACGAGUUGGUGUGUCCGCCGCUUUCUCUACCCGCAGCAACGCAACUCAAGUUCUCCAACAACCUCAAGCUCCAAAGUCUGGCGAUCGAGUCGCCUUGUACGUCGUUAUCCAAGGUGCACAUCACGUCCUGUCCUUCGUUUGUCGCCUUCAAUACCCUCAUGGCGGCGGCUCCAAACGUCCACACUGCCGACUUUACGCAGUCCAAUGGCCUUGUCCGGUUUCACUGCCAGCUCACGUGGCAGCACCUGCGAACGUUGGUUCUAGAUCGGUGUGCCCAGUUGGCGUACUUGGAGGUUCAAGCCCCAGCGCUGACCUCCAUCCGCGUCCACCACUGCGCGCGGCUCCAUCAAGCCAUCCUAUGCUCAGACAAACUUCGGUCUGCCGACUUUUCGCUCUUGCCAGCCCUCCAAACUCUGUACCUGGAUUGUCCGCAACUGAUACGACUUAACGUGACAGGGUCGUACGCGCUUCAAUCGACCGGAGUCACGUUGGAAUGUCCAUUGCUCACGUCCAAUAAGUUUCACCGAGAUGGUGUUCCGGCAUUCCAAGCCGUUGUAUUUCGAUAAGUCAGUGUGUCCUGCUCAGGUCUAUUCAUCCCCCUCAAAGCGAUCGAGCUUUGCCCUUUUGAUACCGUAAUGUUUCACAUUGCCUCUUAUAAAUGCGAUAAAUAUAGAGUCGCCUUUGCACCUCCUAUUGGUACAACUCUAACGACUACCUGGACUGCUAAUGUCCAUGCAUCAAAUAGCUGCCUUUAGACGUGAAAAAGCUGAAUCACUUCGCGAACGUCGGCGCGACAGACGGGACAUUGCAGGGACGACUGCUUCAUGUGGUCAGCGCAUCGCAUGCACACGGCCGCGUGGCCGCACGGUACGCAGACGGCAUUUUGGGGGCCGUCAAAGCAGACGACGCAUUCUCCAGGCACGGAAGUCUCUAGGGGAGCAGCCACGUCAUGGUCGUCCAAAGGAGGUGCCGACGCAGGCGGAGCGUAGACAAAGCUGUCGUCGAGGGGUUUGGGCUGGGGAAACAAGGGAGUGGUCUGGGCCACGGGGGGACUCGGACCGUGAACUUGGGGUGCCACCGUAAACUCGACGGACGAAUUGGUCAGCAGUUGCGAGUCCACAAGCGAGUUGGCUGCGCCGCCUCCGGUCAAAAACGCCGCCCACGCGUGGAAGCUGGCUUGGUCCGGGGCCGCAAGUUCGCGAGCGUGGAGUGCACCCACAAUACCCGCGCCCUUCUUGCGCGCGCCGUGCACUUUGAAUGCCCACGGCUUCGAGUCGAACAAUUUGGCUUUUGUGUGCAACGUCACUGGGGACGGCACGUGCAGCAUGAAGGUGGACGUAGGGAGCGGCGAGCGCUGGCCUUGGACGACGUCGAAGAACGCCAUCUCCAGAAACUGCGGCGAACCCACGCGCAGGAUGAUGACGUAGCGGUUGGCCCACGACUGCAGCGACGACAGACCGAGGAUCGAUGACCCGAUGUUGUCUACGCUCUCGUACACCCAGCCUUGGAACACCUGGAUGCGGGUCUCCAACAGGUGCACACAGCCAGACGCAUUGGGCACCUUGUUCUCGACACUCCGCCGCGCCACUUCUAGCGGUGACAGCCCGCGAGAGUUUUGGAUGUACGGACUCACGCCGGGAAGCGACAUGAGGAAUUCGAUGACGCCGAUCGCGCCUUCUUGGCACGCGUAGUGCAGCGGUGUGUUGCCUUUCGAGUCGACGGCGUCGAUGAACGCGCCAUGUUGAAGCAGCACUUGUACACACAGCACAUGGCCUUGGGAACUGGCCAUGAUGAGCGGAGUCCGACCGCGGGAGUCCUUGUACUCGAGCAGCUUUGGACGCAUCUCCGGCGUCGACCCGUCCAGGAUCUGGAGAAGCGUUUGAACGUCGUUCUUCUUGGCGCACUCGUACACCAUGUCCGUGUUGACGCCGAACGUGUCCUUGACCCACUGCACAAUGUCUCCGAGUUUGAACGCAGACGGCGCAGGCGCCGGUGUUGGGGCUGGAUGGCGCAACGAAGCUUCCAUCUCGGCCGCGCGCUGCUGCAUGCGCUGUCCAAAGCGCUCGGCAUGCUGGCCAAGUCGGUUGGCGUGCUGCUCAAUUGUCUUGGUCGACGCUUCCACGGUCUUGACAAAUUGAUCCAUGUGGUUUUCUGUGGUACGAGGGAAAUGCCAGAAUGGCGCAUCGCUGAAUACAAGACUCGGCCAUACAAUGCUGGUAAAAAUGGC